CUAAACAGACGCAGUAGCAGACGUGCCCGCUCCCGUCUGCCUGCCUUUCUCCUUCUCACACACUACAGAGAGCAGCGCUUUGACGCACCACGCAUAGUUGGAUUAUAGUAUUGCGCGCUGGUCUCUCGCCGGGUUUCUGGCACUCAUUUUACUUCCAAUUGACAUCCCAGCCCAUCGGAAUCAUCUCCACCACUGCAGAGUGUUAAGGACGAACUUGGCGCAACCGCUGCUCUAGCGCCGGACGCGUGCUGUGAAUUAAUAACCAAAGAUAUUCUCACCUGGAGUGUGCGUUAACGGGAAAAGUGUAAUUGCUCGAAAGCACCUGGAUCACAUUAAGGAUCAAGACAUUUUCCUGGUUAGGAGAAACUAACACAGACCUCGUCGCCGGAGGAUUCUGGCCACCGCAUGCCGGGGACAUGUGGAAGUUUGCGCCGCUGUAGCGCAGCCACAGACCCGGUUCAUCUCUGUAACUCAGUGGGAUCAAACUCCUACUUCACACGCUUUACGCACUCAGAGGACCCAAAUGUAAAAAAAUAACAUUAUUUUUCUUUUAGAAAAACCAACUUGUAAAGGAAGGAGCAGAACACACAAAAAAGAAACAGUGCGUUGCGUGCGGAGUUUGGUGAGCUCCUUCGGAAAUUCCGAGGCUUUUCUCCGUAUUCUGCGGGUCUCGUAUCGGCCACCCACUUUUCUGCCGCAGUCAUGGUGGGAGCUGUGCGCUCCGUUGGCCUUGGCCGCUCCUUGGAGACUGCACCGAGGCUUCUGCUCCUGGGGACCGUCCUCGUCCUGGUCCUGAUAAGCAGAGCAGACAGUCAGCCGUGCCCGCCUCAGUGUUCCUGCACCGGGACCACGGUGGACUGUCACGGCCAAGGACUGCGGAGCGUGCCCAGGAACAUACCCCGAAACACUGAACGACUGGAUCUGAAUGCAAACAACCUCACUAAAAUCACCAAAGGGGAUUUUGCAGGACUGAGGCAUCUGAGAGUCCUGCAGUUGAUGGAGAACAAAAUCACCACAAUUGAGAGAGGAGCGUUCCAGGACCUGAAGGAGCUGGAGAGACUCCGCCUGAAUCGGAAUAAUCUGGCCGUGUUUCCUGAGCUACUUUUCCUGGGAACGACAAAGCUUCACAGACUUGACCUGAGCGAAAACCAGAUCCAGGGAAUUCCAAGAAAAGCAUUCAGAGGAGCUGUGGAAAUCAAGAACCUACAGUUGGACUACAACCACAUUAGCUGCAUUGAAGAUGGAGCUUUCAGAGCGUUACGUGACCUGGAAGUGCUCACUUUGAACAAUAACAACAUCAGCCGGCUGUCUGUGGCCAGUUUCAACCACAUGCCGAAGCUCAGGACUUUCCGCCUUCACUCCAACAACUUGCAGUGCGACUGUCAUGUAGCCUGGCUGUCCGAGUGGCUACGACAGCGCCCCCGCCUGGGCUUGUACACACAGUGCAUGGCCCCUCCUCACUUGCGGGGGCACAACGUGGCUGAGGUGCAAAAGAAGGAGUUUGUGUGCACAGAUGCAGAAGAAGGUCAUCAGUCGUCAUCAUCUUCCUCCUGCAGUGUGCUACAGUGCCCAGAGUCCUGCACCUGCAGUAACAACAUUGUGGACUGCAGAGGAAAGGGUCUGACAGAAAUACCCACCAACCUGCCUGAAACCAUUACUGAGAUACGACUGGAGCAGAACGCCAUCAAGGUGAUCCCAGCUGGGGCCUUUUCUCCUUAUAAGAAGCUACGCAGAAUAGAUUUAAGCAACAACCAGAUCUCAGAAUUAGCCUCAGACGCCUUCCAGGGUCUGCGAUCCCUUAACUCUUUGGUCCUCUAUGGGAACAAAAUCACUGAGAUUUCCAAGGGACUCUUCGAAGGACUGUUCUCACUGCAGCUAUUGUUGCUAAAUGCUAACAAGAUAGCAUGUCUGCGGGUUGACGCAUUUCAGGACCUUCACAACCUCAAUCUGCUCUCUCUGUAUGACAACAAGCUCCAGACCAUUGCAAAGGGGACGUUCUCCUCUCUAAGAGCAAUACAAACACUUCAUUUAGCUCAAAACCCAUUUAUCUGUGACUGCCAUCUGAAGUGGCUGGCUGACUACCUGCAGGACAAUCCCAUUGAGACGAGCGGCGCCCGCUGCACCAGCCCUCGGCGGCUCGCCAACAAGCGGAUCGGCCAAAUCAAGAGCAAGAAGUUCCGCUGCUCAGCUAGAGAGCAGUAUUUCAUCCCAGGUAAUGAGGAUUACCGCAGCAAGCUUGGAGGUGACUGCUUCGCCGACCUUGCCUGCCCUGAGAAGUGCCGCUGUGAGGGCACGACGGUCGACUGCUCCAACCAGAAACUGAGCAAAAUCCCCGAUCACAUUCCUCAGUACACCACCGAGCUGCGUCUGAACAACAAUGAGUUCACGGUACUCGAGGCAACGGGGAUAUUCAAGAAGUUGCCUCAGCUAAGGAAGAUUAAUCUGAGUAAUAAUCGUAUCAGCGACAUUGAGGAGGGGACUUUUGAAGGAGCUUUAGGGGUCAACGAGCUGAUUCUGACCUCCAACAGACUGGAGAACAUACACCACCGCAUGCUGAAGGGACUCGGUGGCCUCCGCACACUUAUGCUGAGAAGCAACAGGAUCAGCUGUGUGAGUAACAGCAGCUUCGUGGGGUUGAGUUCUGUCAGACUCCUUUCUCUCUACGACAACCAGAUCACCUCCAUGAACCCCGGCGCCUUCGACACACUGCACUCUCUCUCCACACUGAACCUUUUGGCCAAUCCCUUCAACUGUAAUUGCCACCUGGCCUGGCUCGGCGACUGGCUGAGAAGGAAACGCAUCGUGACUGGGAAUCCUCGCUGCCAAAACCCUUAUUUCCUGAAGGAGAUUCCCAUCCAGGAUGUGGCUGUUCAGGACUUUGCCUGUGAAGAUGGAAACAACGAGAACAGCUGCUCUCCUGUUCUGAGGUGUCCAGCCGAGUGUUCCUGUCUGGACACUGUGGUGCGCUGCAGCAACAAAGGUCUCACCACGCUGCCCAAAGGUCUCCCAAAAGAGACCACUGAACUAUAUUUGGACGGAAACCACUUCACUCAGGUUCCAGUGGAGCUCUCCAAUUACAAACACUUAACGCUCAUUGAUUUGAGUAACAACCAGAUCAGCACGUUGUCCAACCACAGCCUCAGUAACAUGUCCGAACUGCUUACACUAAUCCUGAGCUACAACCGUCUGCGGUGCAUACCAGUGAGGGCGUUCGAUGGGCUCAAGUCUUUGCGUUUGCUAUCUCUUCAUGGUAACGACAUAUCCCUGAUUCCAGAAGGCGCCUUUAAAGACCUGUCUUCACUUUCUCAUCUGGCUCUGGGUGCCAACCCUUUGUACUGUGACUGCCACUUGCAGUGGCUGUCCGACUGGGUCAAGAGCGGCUAUAAGGAGCCCGGCAUCGCCCGCUGUGCUGGGCCCGGUGACAUGACAGACAAACUGCUCCUCACCACACCUUCCAAGAAGUUCACCUGCACAGGCCCAGUGGAUUUGAGUAUCCAGGCCAAGUGUGACCCCUGUCUGUCCAGCCCCUGUAAAAAUGACGGCACAUGCUCCGGUGAUCCUGUGCACUACUACCGCUGCACUUGCCCCUAUGGAUUUAAGGGACAAAACUGUGAGGAGCCUAUUCAUGCCUGCAUCAGUAAUCCCUGCCAGAACAGUGGAACUUGUCAUCUGAAGGAAGGAGAUGGAAGCCACUUUUGGUGUGUGUGUCCGGAGGGCUUCGAAGGCGACACGUGCGAGAUCAACAUUGACGACUGUGAGGAUAACGACUGUGAGAACAACUCCACCUGCGUGGACGGAAUCAACAACUACACCUGCAUGUGCUCACCAGAAUACACAGGGGAGUUGUGUGAGGAGAAACUGAACUUCUGCACCCCAGAGCUUAACCCGUGUCAGCACGACUCAAAGUGCAUUUUGACCCCUCGGGGAUACAAGUGUGAGUGCACUCCAGGGUAUGUAGGUGAGCAGUGUGAGCUGGACUAUGACGACUGUGAAGAGAACAAGUGUCAGAACGGAGGUCAUUGCAUUGACGCCGUGAACGGAUACACCUGCAUCUGUCCAGAAGGAUACAGUGGGCUGUUCUGCGAGUUCACUCCCCCAAUGGUCCUCCCUCGAACCAGUCCCUGUGACAACCAUGACUGCUUAAAUGGAGCUCAGUGCGUUGUUGUGGGAACAGACCCACGCUGCCAGUGUCUCCAUGGAUACGAGGGCGAGCAUUGUGAAACGCUCGUGAGUGUGAACUUUGUCAACCGGGAGUCCUACCUGCAGCUUCCCUCCAAUCUCCUCUCACCACAAACCAACAUCAGCUUACAGAUUGCUACUGAUGAGGACAGCGGCGUCUUGUUGUACAAGGGUGACAAUGAUCACAUAGCAAUGGAGCUGUACAGGGGGCGCCUCAGGGUCAGCUACGACACUGGAUCCUACCCUCCUUCUGCGAUAUACAGCGUGGAGACGGUGAAUGAUGGUAGUUUCCAUUCUGUGGAGUUAGUAGCAGCUGACCAGACGUUGUCACUGUCCAUUGAUGGCGGACCACCCAAAUCCAUUAGCUCCAUCAGCAAACAGUCCACGCUCAACCUAGAUUCCCCUCUAUACCUGGGAGGAAUGCCAGAGCAGGCAUCAGUUUCUGGUGGCCUUUCUGCACUGCAGCUCAGCUCCGGAGGCCGUAACGGCACCAGCUUCCACGGAUGCCUCCGAAACCUCUACAUCAACGGAAAGCUCCAGAACUUGGGAGCCGGGCAUGACCAAAGCUCUCCAGGUCCAGGGACUUUGCAGAGCUACAGACAGUGGCUGGGAAACGGGGUGGAACCAGGCUGCCAGCCGUGCCGGAGAGGUGCCUGCGUCCAAGGCGACUGCCACCCAACGGGUCACCAAGGUUUCACCUGUACCUGCCAUCCUGGGUGGACAGGGGCUCUGUGUGACCAGCAAGUUAGCAAUCCCUGUGAUGGAAACAAGUGUAUUCAUGGUACCUGCCUUCCAAUCAACUCCUACUCCUACUCCUGCGUUUGCCAGCCUGGUUUUGCUGGUGUUCUCUGUGAUGUACAGGACCUGGAUACAGCUAACCCCUGCAGCCUGUCUCGCUGCAAACACGGCAAAUGUCGAGUGUCAGGCCUGGGUAAAGCAUACUGCGAGUGUAACAGCGGAUACACAGGGGAGGCAUGUGACAGAGCAUCUUCUGAGCUUCCUCUUAAUCCCACACGGGGGGCUACUCAGAGGUGGCCUGCCGAGGGGAACGGGUCAGAGAUGUCUACCAGAGACAGCAAGGCUACGCGGCGUGCCAAACCCAGGAGAAGGUCUCCCGUCUAGAGUGUCGAGGCAGCUGCCCGGGGGGAGCAGAGGGACAGGGCACCUGCUGCACCCCCCUCCGUAGCAAACGCAGGAAAUACACCUUCCAGUGCACUGAUGGAUCUUCUUUUGUCCAAGAAGUGGAAAAGGUUGUCAAGUGCGGCUGUACAAAGUGUUCUUCGUAAAACAAAAGAGAAGUGUUUUGGGUUUUUUUGUUGGUUUUUUUUUUGACAGAGCUCCUGCCAUCCUUAUCUGAUCGCUCAUCUGUUCGUGUUCCCCGUGAGGAAACUCUCCACGCCCCAGGAGUAUUAUUCCCCAGCACCCUGAUUUUUUUUAAACCCCCCAAAAAAAGUAAAAGAAAAAAAAAAGCAAAAGAAAAACACAAGUGAAACAAAUAAAAAAAAUAGCUACUUUUCCUGUCAGUGCUGGACUGAUGACCGAUGCUUCCUCUGGGGGAAUUUUGAAUUGUAUUGUAAAGUAAAAAAAAAAAAAAAAGCAGACUUAUUUUUAUUAUGAAGUGGGGAAAAAGACAAAAAAAGAAAGACUUUGUUCUUCAUCUACUUCUUUUUGUUGGUUGUGAUAUCUCCAGUGGUGCCACAAUGUUUUUAUUCCCUGGAGAAGCGGCGGCUCACCACUUUACAGUAGACGUCCUGCGUCCCGUCUCUGAGUUGUGCAUCUUUUGGAGUAACUGUAAAUGGUAGUACUACAGACUCACCACUAGGAGGAGCUGCCUUAAAGCAUGGCACGGAGUGGGCAGCGAUUACCCCCCACAUACACACAAACGCAACUCAGAAACCACCACAGGCUCCAUUAGCAGCCCUGCUGAAUCCUCUGUGACUGUGUGCAUGAUCGUACACACAGCUGCGUUCAAUCUCCUGGUUGUUUUUGCGGCUACUGAACAACACACACACACACACACACACGCCCACGCACACAGACACACCCCUGCACCUGCAGAAAAAAACUGGUUAACUACACAGCUCUCUGUUUGUGUACCCUCACCCCCGAGUCAUGAAUGACAAGUAUUUAUUGUAUCAUAAAUACCUGUACUUAUUCACUAGAUCCCCAUGUAUCAGCCUGAGUCUUUUAAUAUAUAUUAAUUUAUAUUUGUCCUUAUUUUUGUAUUAAAAAGACAUACUCUGUCAAGCUAGCUGACUAACAAAAAUGGUGUCCUUUAUUUUUGGUGUAAGAAAAGUUUUGUUUUGUUUUUGAUCACUGAAACUUUUGUGCUUGCCAGAGACCUUAGUUACAUUUUAAUCUGCAAAUGUGACGUGAAGACAUUGUAUAUUUUUGUCGCGUUUCCUGAGAGUUUGUACUGUGCCAUUACCAGAAGGUUCUUUAUAUUAGAGUAUAAAUGUAUAGAUUUCCCUACCUAUGUACUCCACACAGACUUUGUGAGUAGCAUUGACCCUAGCGGAUGCAUAGAGAACUCUUUUUACCUUUUUAACAAAUUUAAAACAUACUGUGACUUUUUUCUAAAUGAAACUACUUUGUUAGCCCCUUUGGUCUCAGAUGUUAACAUGUUGCUGCUAAGUUUUUUGUACCGUAGACUUGGAUCCUGAUCUGUAUGUUAUAUAGAGCUUCCUGCUCCUUCCUGUUUGGGGCUGCCUUGUGUAACAGAUGAAUAUGACCCCUCACUCCUCCAUCAACUCCUCUACACAUGUACAUUGUGCUUUAUAUUCUCCCUCUCUCUUCAUCCCUAGACUAAUGUCAGUUUCCUGACUGAUGUUUGUUUAUUAAACACAAUAUUUACCUCA